UGCUAUGUCUAGUCAGUUUGGUUGAAGAGUCAAUGAAUCUUUCAGUUAGUAUUUUUCAGGGUCUGAGUGACUGGUUAUCAAAAGAAUGUAUGGAACCUACAUAAAUGUUUGUUAAAAAUACUGCCAUAAGUUAAUCAAAACCAGCUGCAUUAAAACAGGAGGGGUGGGGUUGCUUGAAUUUUUAAGGUGAGAUGUCUGAAAAAUUAAGUAGGUGCCGUAAGGAGCUAGCAGCAGCUAUUGACCGAGCCAUGGAAGAUCUCUCCAUUCCUUUCCUUUCUUCCCAAGAUUCCAGCAACAACCAGGACUCUGAUUUGCCAAUAGCGCAGCUUUCUACACCCCCUAAUGCAGAUAUCUUUAAUCCUAAGGGAGAGGUAAUAUCUCCUACUGUGUAUUGCCCCCAGCAGCCUUCAGCGGUCUCUUCUCCUCCUGAAAAAGAGAAUCCCCUCCUCAGGCCAAAUCUCUUUCCAGUGACUGUGACCUCCAGUAUCCCAUGUCCCAAACGGGAACCACUGAUGAGCAAGGAAAAUACCUGGUUGCACCCACCAAUCUUUAUGGCUGACAAGCAGUAUUUUAUCAGCCUAGAAGACAGUGAGAGGUGGAAGAAAGGACAUUUAAGCAAAACGGAUGAAAGAUCCAUGAAGUCAGAAACAAGCAUAAUUUCCUGUGAUGUUCCUCCAGAGAAUCCAAAGGACCAUGAAGAUAUGUCUGCUGAUGAGUCCUCGACUGUCCAUCUGGGAGAGAGGAACAGUUUCAGAAAGGUCCUAGAACACAGCCCAGAAGACGAAGCUAUUAUUGAAACCUUGCUGGAUAUGGAAGAGGAAUACAGAUUAAACAGCUCCACCUUGCACCAGUUGCACUAGGCAGGUGGUAUAAAGUGUGAGCUAUUUUAAGAUUUGGUAGUAACAUUUUCCAACCAUGGCAACCUUGGCAAGCAGUCCUGACCGUUGCAGGAUGCGCUAUUAAAGUAAGUGAUUUACAAUCU